AUGGCUACAAGUUUUUUUGAUAUUGUCCAACGUGUGUAUGUAUAUUUUUCGUCUUCAAUACAUCGGUGGGUAGUUUUCACUAGUCAUCAACCUACGUUAACUGUUAAACCUCUAAGUGAAACAAGAUGGGAAAGCAGAAUAGAUGCUAUAAAGCCUUUGCGAUAUGAACUUAGUAAAAUAUAUGAUGCACUGCUAGAAAUAGCUGAUGAUACUUCUCUAACUGGAUCCUCAGGAAGCACUGCACGCAGUGAUGCUAAAGCACUUGCGAAUAGUGUUGCAAAGUUUAAGUUCGUGGUUUCAAUUGUUGUAUGGUACAACAUACUUUUUGAAAUCAAUAUAACAAGUAAGCAGCUCCAAGCUAAAGAUUUGGAUAUUCAUGCUGCUGUACAACAGUUACAACACACACAAGCCUAUUUGGUUGACUGUAGGAGUGACAUAGGUUUUGCAAGAAUGCUAGUGGAUGUUGCUGAAAUUGCUAAGGAUUUGGAGAUACCACCAACCUUUGAGGCAGAACCACGAUUACGGCAGAGAAAAAAGCAAUUUGCAUAUGAAGCUGAAGAUGAGCCUGUGCAAGAUCCAAAAUAA